AUGGCACGUAGCAUUCUCCGUGACACGGCGCAAGCUGUCGCUAGCAAUCCGGUACCAACUCUCAUAGCCAUAGUCAUUGCAAGCGCUGUGUACCAUUACAUCUACAAUCCGCUGGCAGUGUCUCCACUGCGACUCUUACCUGGCUCCAAGGUCUACGCAGUGACGAAAUGGCGUCUUGCGUUAGACGACUACCACGGCACAAGAACUCGGAAGAUACAUGGAUUGCACCAGAAGUACGGAACUGCCGUCCGCAUUAGUCCCAACGAGGUCUCGUUCUCAUCCCUCUCAGCCUUGCGAACCAUUUACGGCGCCGGCUCCGGAUUCGAACGGACAAACUUCUAUCGCAUGUUCGACGUUUAUGGGCGACAAAACCUGUUCACUUUUGCCGAGGGGAAGAAGCACGGCGAAAGAAAGAAGCUGCUUGCGCAUGCUUACUCAAAGAGUGUGGUUCUGUCGUUGACUGGCAUCGCCAAACCCCUUGUGGAGAAGAACGUUAAGAGCUUCCUCGACCUUCUUGAACAGGAGAAGAGUGUCGCAGAAGAGAUCUUCCACAGUUUGCAUUGGUUCAGUCUUGACAGUAUUACCGGAUUUCUAUACGGAGACAAGCACGGGGGAACACAUGCACUGAGAGGAAAUGAGGCGGAUAGGUUGAUGCUCAACGAUAUCAUUGACCCUAGCCGCAGAAAACUCAGUUGGUUCGUUGUUCACCUUAAAGCAUACACCAACUGGCUCUACACAAGAACCGGCGUUAUGGAGAAGCUUGUCACAGCUCUGAAUCUUCUUCCCAUGAAAAAACCGGCGACAUACACGGGCAUCCGAGCUCACGGCUUGCGAUCAUGGGAAGAAUUCGAAUCCAGUACCGUCAAAGGCGGCCAGUCACACGAUGAGAAAGCAAUCAUUUCAAAACUUUGGAAACACAGUAAGAGCGAGAAAGAACCCCGGCUCGAUGGCCUUGACAUCGCAUCAGAAGUUGCAGAUCACUUCUUGGCCGGCAUCGACACGACCAGCGACACGUUGAUGUUUGUGAUAUGGGCACUGUCAAGGCCUGAAAACAAGGAAUAUCAGGAAAGAUUGAUGGCGGAGCUGGAUUGCAUACCUUCUAUCUCCUGCAACCAAGAUGGAAUACCAACAGCAGAGGUCGCAGACAAAUUACCUUAUCUCGAUGCAGUCAUCAAAGAAGGCCUUAGACUCUACGCCCCGUUACCGGCGUCGGAGCCACGCUCGCUGCCUAUUGACACCACGAUAGACGGAUAUCAUAUUCCUGCUGGUACGGUUGUCAGCAUGUCACCGUACACGCUGCACCGGAAUGCAGCUGUGUUCCCGGAGCCUCUUAAAUUCAAGCCAGAAAGGUGGUUAGGAGAGUGUGGAGACGUCACAGAGAUGAAGAAAUGGUUCUGGGCAUUCUCAAGUGGCGAUAGGAUGUGCAUUGGCAUACAUCUUGCCAUGGCCGAGAUGACAACUCUCUUAGCAGCCCUCUACUUGAGAUACACAACCAGCGAGCAAGACAGGCAAAAGAACGCAAGCCCCGGAAUCACAAGCCGAUUUGAAGUAUUCUCCGAUGAAACAUUUGCUACAGUUAGGGAGCAUGAGUGCUGGAUCAAUUUUACAGAACGACAAAGAGAAUAAUUUCGUUCGAAGACCUUGAGAGACGUCGCCAAUCAAAAUGUGGUGGACGGGCUAUUUGACUGUGUCUUCAAUUGGGGACUCGUGUCUUGGCGGCAACUUAACAACUCUGGAGCUGGUUAUCAAAAGAUCAGAUUGAUACAAUUGCAAUUGCGCCGUCCUUGACUAGGGAUACUUUGUGCUUGGAACCUGGGCAUGGAGUAAUCCGCUAUCCGAGAUCUUCCAGUCUCACCCACCCUCUAA